AUGACACCAAAUAUCAUGAAAGGUCAAACCGACACGUCCAAGUUCACAGGACAAGGGCCCGCGUCCAACGAAGAACACCCACACAAUAACCCUGUCAUGGAGUAUAACCCUGCUCCGGGUGCGAAGGCCCCCAUGCUAAGCUCCGAGGGCUCAGUCGGAAAGCAAUUCACGGCAGAUGGUGCGAUUGGUGGCACAGCUCAAAAGAUCGGAGGGCCACUGGACCAAAAUGGAAUGAUUGGAGGAAUGUUCAAAGAGGAUGGCGCGAUUGGCGGGACGGUGAACAAGAUGGCCGGUGGUAAAUCAUAA